UGUCAUUUUAUUUCUGUCUUGAUUUUCCCCAACCUCCCAAUAUUUUCAGUUUUGAAUUGUCAACUGUUAAGACAUACUAUUGGCCGACGUUUUGUUACUCAUAAUCCCGUUCCAUUAAAGGACAUUUGAAACAUCGCACUCAUUGGGGCUAAUAAUCCUGCACAUUAAUUAGAGAGUGGUAUGGGUUAAUUUUGAAGAAAGGCCUUUUGGUAGGUGUUAAAUACGGACACGACAGGAAAUGGAAAGUAGAUUCCAUUACUACGUUCUCACUUGCAUUGUUGCCCAGAUAUGGUUUCUGCGUUCGGUUUUCUCUAGCCUGCGAGCAAGCUCUCCAGGCAUUCUCGACCCCAGUUCUUACGGGUUUGGAAAUGCGCUCGCAGAAGAGCUCUGGGUCGAGAUUGGCUCUCCGGGGCGCUCCGGCGGCGGGGCGGAGAAGCCUUCCUUUUCUCCCCCGCCGCCAAAGCGCCCCGGAGAGCUUGCUCGCAGGUUAGAUUAAUUUUCGGUGGACACUUAUGUUAACAUAUUCUUUAAGCACCCAUGACAGUUUUGGGGCACGGUAUUGGUGAACGAGUACUGACAGGGUCGAGACCUUGAACUCUGGCACUGGUCACUGGAUGUUAGAUCUGUUAGUUCCAAGGAAGUCCAAUGCUUUGGUCUUAGUACACCAUAACUCGCUUUUACGUUCACAAAAUGACGUGUGACUGGGCUUGACUUGAGAGUUGCAUAUCAGUACUACCCAACACCAUUUUGUACCAAUACCAAUGCACUAUUACUCUGGCACCAAGAAUAAUCACUUGGUGCAAGGCCGGGGUGCAAGGGAACCAGUGGCACCAGUGGCUGGGUACCGUCACAAAACGGUGUUGUGUUCACGUAUACCUUGAGUGCUCGAUAUGUAACUGUGUACAUAGUCACUCCAUUUCGCCCUGUCAGACGCCAUUUUAAAACAAGAGCUUUGCAGUGAGUACAAAGCAGUGGGCUGCCCCAGAACUAACCAAAAACGGUGUGCACGCAAGGACCCGGUGGCAGGAGCCCACUUUGGUGCCCGCGAUUACAAGGUCUCGACCUUGUACUCGGUCUAGCGUGGGUACUUGAAAAAAGGAUGUCAGUUAAGCACGGGUCUGUGUCGCACAAAAGGUCUUCCCCCAUUGCUAUCGACGGCUGAGCCAUUUUAAUAGACAAGGAGAAAUAAGAUGUGUCUUCUCGUCUAAGUGUCCUUGUAAUGUCAGGCUCCUGUUUUCGGUUAUAAAUGGUUUUCACCCUGACGUCAUCAAAUUGUAAAGUCAAAAUAGCGAAGUUUUACGAAUUCUUAUUUACACCGGGUUGAAGAUAAACCAAAAGUAAAUCUUUUUACUAGGUUCCAUUCCCUUAGCACGUUUCAUUUCGAAAAUACAGCAAUUUGAACUUCCGAGUUUUCACAGUGCGUGCCCGGGGGCGGGGGGGGGUACUGCCAUAUAUCGGCUAUAUAGGUAUGUGCCGCUGUGAAGGGUAUGGUUUUCGGGCAGUUUACUCUAGGAUAGGGUAUAUAAAUCAGAGCGUUUGGGUCUAGAAUAGGGUAUCAUUUUACAGGAAACUGAUCAGUUGGUUGAAGAUUCUAUCUGGACAAGGGAAACAGCUACUCUAGGAUAGGGGGAUUUGGGGAGUUUACUCUAGUAUAGGGUAGCAAAAUUCAGCUGAACUAGCUCUGGUAUAGGUUAAGGGUUCCAGGGUCCCAGCGGCACAUCCCCACCCAGAAAUUCCUAAAGUACCCCCCUUGGAGUGCGUGACACCAAAAUAGGAAUGUUGUCUCCUUGAAAAAAUUCUCUCCUCUUGAUUUUCAGCAGUAUAACCGUUUCCAGUAUUAGAAGGUAUGUUUAUGCGCACGUAUGCUAGUUCUCGAGUGAAAAUAAAGAACUUUUAUAGAAAAAGUGAACUCCAGAUGUUUUUGUUGAUUUCCGGCGGCCAUAUUGGUGCACCAAAACGGUACACCAAUAUGGCGUCUCCAUACAAAGCUCUACAAAGAUGCGUGAAACGUUUCGGCAAAUAACUCAGAAACUGUGGGUCACAAAGACCUGAGACUGGGACAAAUUGUUUAUACAUUAGUCUUUUAUAACAUUUCAUUUUCUUGGCUUCUUCCACUGGACGGUUUCCAAUUUCUUUUUUUGUUGCGUGACAGUGAAAACGAUCUAUAAGACACUUUUGUUCUCACAGGCGGGAGCCGCUCACGUGACACAUGCAGGGUCGCAUCUUGACGGAAAAAUCAGGAACUGCUGAGCCUUCGAUGUUUCAGAGUGUUUCGGUAAAACUCAGAAUUUCUUUAUCAUGUUUGCAAUUUUUUUUUCAACCAGAGAAAAAUCAGGACGAAUUGCUUUUUUGGCGUGACAGGCGUAGGACAGUUCUCCAGCGUCGGCUCCUGAGGAGAUGAUGGGGACUGGUUCCCAGUUUCUAUCAAAAAUGGCGGAUGUAUCGUAGGCUCCUGUGCAGUGUUAUGCAAUGUAGUCGUCUUUUUGCAGACAGAUAUCGCGUCUUUGUCGUUCCAAGGUCGCUGACGGACACCGAAGAAAUUUAAAUACGACAGGGAACACGAUGGCAAACUGUGUUUUGCUGACAUCGAGAAGAAAAUGUUUUGCCCUCUCUCAAACAAACACUUUCUCCUUCAGUCGAUCCAAACUACAGGUUUCUCCUGUUAGAUCUCUUAUACACACUUUUAAACGGUCAUUAUCAAACAAUGCAGAAAAUCUUUCAGCGAGAAAUACAAUGGAGGCGUGGUAUAUCAAUGAAUAUGGCUCAAACGACGUUUUGCAGCACGGAAGACUGCCACUGCCGAGUCUUCGAACGCCAACGGAUAUUCUUGUGCGAGUCCACUCCGCGUCUGUUAAUCCUAUAGACUACAGAAUGCGAAGCGGUUAUGGAGAGUCACUGCUAAAUUUGUGGCGAAAGCUAGAAAACGUUAAAGAAUUUCCACUUGUAUUAGGAAGAGAUUUCUCUGGAGAGGUGGUGAAAACGGGACGGCUUGCUAGAAGGUUCAGGAAAGGAGACCAGGUGUGUUUGGUAAAAGGAUACAAAUCUGAACGUGACUCAGGCUAAAGGAGACCAUAUUCCAACACAGUUUUUACAAUAACUGAGUGAUUUCUCCCAUGCUGAUUCAUUGAGAGCUAUGGUCAAUAAAAGUGCAGACCACUGAAAUGAAGUGAAAAUGUUCAAAACUUUACACUGAAACCAAUUGCCUGCAUGGUUCCACUUGAGUUUUGAACAUGUUGAUGUCAUUUCUAUGGUUGAUAAGAGUACAGACCGUAGGUAUUUUUUUUACACUCAACCCUAAACGAUACCUCUAUGGAUAUAUUGCCCUCCUGUCCCAACACCCAGAGUUUAGACCAAAAUCUGCAUUUCCACCCUUAAGCAAGACGAUGAGCAUUAUAUUUCAUGCAUUUUCAUAUGGAAGCCUCCCUACCCCUCCUCCCCUUGAAGUUUUGAGAAUGAUAAGUCAGAAACAAUAGAAAACAUAAUUAUGUAGCUCGGCAAAGGUGAAAUACAAACGUCUGUCAAUACUUCCAACAAUGUUGUUAGAUUUUAUAUUUUUUGCUAACUGGUCAAUGUCAAAUGUUGGAGAAACCAAGGAAGGGUUUUUCCCCAAUUGCUACAGUGGGGUUCUUUUCAUGUACCUUAUGUCUUUGGUAUUUCUUGUUCUUGUCCUAAAUGUCGAAUGUUUCACCCACACUGAGGUCAAUUCGCCUACAUGAUCAUAAAAUUGCAAAAAAUUACAAAAUGCCGCUGAUUUUGUGACUUGUUUUGCCAUUUGCUCAGCCGAUUAACUUGCGUGAACAGAUCCACAUUGCACAAAUUGUUUUUAAGGAUUACAAUGAACUUUUGGUUUUUUGAAUAAAAUAUUUCAAGAACAGCAUCUGUGUCUAUUAUGUUUUACUGACUGUUUACAACCUAUUUUCACUCUAAGUUUACUAUGAAGAAGGUCACUGAGGUACAGCAUUUUUAGAAGUUUUAACAUGCAAGAGUCAUCAGUAAGCUUUACUCCUAUUUGUACAAUACUAUUACUUACAAGUAUAAACUUAGUGUCGCUGAGACAACUUUAGUAGAUCAUUUAGGUGAAUCAACCUCAGUGUAGGCAAAUGGACAAGUCAGCGAAACGACUGGUUUCCCCUAUCGCUGCAUGAUCCCCAACACAACUCCCAUCAGGGAUAUAUAAGGCAAGAGACCUAUUUCCCCACAGCUAGCUUACUGUCUAUUUUGUACAAAAGCUAAGCACUUGGCCUUGAUUUAAAUUGAGGGGUUUUAACAAAUCAGAAAUGACCCAUUACAGUUAUGACUAAAUUUUAUAAUUUAAGUUUUUGAAAUUAGUUUGUUUAUUUUUUUGCAAGGGUUAAGUUGGAGAGGAGGAGUUGCGGUGGGUUAGAGGAUGAUGAAGUAGAAGGUUGUACUUGUCUUAGCUUGUUCCUGUCUUUUAUAAUAUUUUUCUGCUGGUUUGGCUGAAUGUAGGUCUGGGGUACCCCUAGUGUUAUUGCUGUAGGAACACAUGGACAGUUUGUAGUUGCAAGUCAAGAUGAGGUAAUGCCUUUAUUAAUUUGAUUAAGUAUUGGUGAGUUCCCAUAUCAAACAACAGGUUUUCUCAUGUAUGCCCUUAGGACCUAACUUUUACAAUUUAGUGAGACAAACAGCAGACUGUGUACCUGUACUUUUUUCAGAAGAAACCAAAAUUCAGCUGGUAGCAUACUCUAUCAAACUCUGCCUAAUUGCUAGUACCAUACCCAUGUAGACAGGCAUAUUACUGUGGCAUUGGCCACCGCCAUCGCCGGCUGUUUUGUUCUUGUUAGGACUUAUCAUAUGAGCACCAUAUAGUUCCAGGGGAAAGGGUCUUGCAACCCACUGUUUACUGCCAAGGGGAGGCAGAAGGACUCAUUUAAGGCCCAGUUCUACACCACAUGUGUUAGCUGUUGGCUGGGAACUGUAAAAUGGCUCUCAGCAAGCAUAUAGAGAAGGAAUCAGAUUUCUAUGCAACUGGUGUGCGGGCAAAAAAGCUGUUUAUGCUUUCCACUGCUUAGGUGGUAAGGCUGCAGGCCUGCAUAUUCAUUAAGGUACUAUCCAUAUCACAAAGUUAUCUAGUGUGAUCAUUUCUUUCAUAUGGCUCCUUUUUUAGACUCUUAUCAAAAGAUUAAUUUGCAGAACAAUUUUUAUUUUUUUGUUUCUUUGUCUGUGUGUUUCUGUGCCUGCACAGUAGAUGUCUAUAAAGCCAUUCAAUUGGACACACAGUGAAGCAGCAUCUCUUCCAUAUGUGGCUUGUACUGUUUGGACAGCUCUUGCUAGCAGGGCAGGUCUUAAACCUGAAAACUCUCACGAUAAACAGUAAGCAUGCAAAAUGAAUAUUUAGAUAUAAAACUGAAUUUGUUAAAUCCAAAGCUGGGAAAGUCUUUUUUGCUGCCUUCCUGUUGUGUGUUUAGGCGCCACAGAAAUAAUCAGUUAAUCACUAUGGCCUUAUUAUAAUAUUAAAGACCAUUUGGAUUUGAACAGAUACCCUACUCUUUCUUUAAAAUUUCCAAUUUGAGUUAAAAAAGUUAUAAAUUUUCAGUUUGGUGGGUGUAUGCAUAGAGGUAGUAAGUUCUCUCGUUUUUAUUUUCCUUUUGUUUCCAAUGAAAGUAGCCAAGGGAAAUCCCUGGCUAGCUUGAGUGACUCUACAGGAAGAAACAAAUUUUACAACCUUUCACAACAAAAUGCAAGGGCUUGAAAACUCUCAUAAUGGAUAAUUUUGUGAAACAUUCGAAAUAUCAGUAUUGUUUGUUUUCUCAUAGUGUCCUUGUUCUGGGUGGAUCUGGUGGGAUCGGAAAUUUUGCUAUCCAGGUAUGUUGGCUCUUCAUGAAGAGAAAAAAGAGAUAAAAACUCAAGACAGAAUUCCUCAUGGAUCAGUCUGUAUUUUGUGGAAGUGCUUAGAACUUAAAAUCUUUUUGUAUCAGAAUAUAUUUUGCUUGCCAACUGUCUGUCAACAGAGACUGAACUGAAUUUGAACUUCCAGUGCUUAUCUUGCCAGGAGUUUUGACACGCAUUCUCUUGGUAUAGGUUUUGACAUUGUUGCAAGACAUUCAAGCAAAAAUUGUAAUGUUAGUGCAUUUGUGUAGCUUUUGAAGGCCUGGGGAGCUUUUGUCACUACUACAUGUGCAACAGAUGCAGUAGAACUAGUGACUGGACUUGGAGCAGACCAUGUGAUAGAUUAUAGUGCAGCUGACAUGAUGGAACAACUAGAAUCAUUAGGAAGGUAUGACUCAUUAUUGCACCAGUUGGUUCUAUUAAUCAACUUUAUUUUUUUAAGCAGAUGCCCUGUUAGGGUGAAAUUCUGAAAAGCUAAAAUGGCCUUGAAACAGUGACAGAAAAGAGGGCAGCAAACAAAAUACAGAUGGGUUCAAAUAAUAUUGUUACAGCAACAAGGAUGGACUGCUGCUAGUUUGAGUUCAUUUCAUGAAUGGUUUAGUAUCAAACAUUUAAGAAGACCAAAAAUCUAUUUUAUCCAUGGCAAUUGCAAUGUGAAAGUGAAGUUUUUGGGAAUUUGCAUAUGGAAAAAUGAUAUGUAGAAGAAAUUGUCAUGCAAAACGUCGAGGAACAAGCCCUGGCUACCUUCACGCAAACUGGACCUCUUUGGUUACGUUACGUUGAUGACUCAUUCACCACCGUACGCAAAGACAGAAUCGACGAUUUUCACAAACACCUUAACAGACAGAACGCGGACAUACAGUUCACCAAGGAGAUCAAAGAAAAUGGUAAGAUACCUUUUCUAGAUCUGCUUGGUCACUUGUGACAACAACAAACUAAAAACGACUAUUUACAGAAAACUAACACAUACCGACCGAUUACUAGACCAGUCUUCGUACAACCCGAACUCUCACAAGGCUACUACUAUCCGGACUUUGACGAGAUGAGCGUAACUACUUUGCGACUCACCUGACAGCCUACAAGACAAGACUGAUUAUCUUAACGAUGCUUUUAGUGAGAACAAUUACAACACGGACUUUGUUAGAUGGAACACUCACAGUAACACUGAUUCCAACACUCAGACCAACUCUGGCCCUCUUAUGACAGCGACUAUACUGUACAUCAGAGGCAACUCUGAAACUAUAGCACAUAUAUUACAACCUUACAAUAUACGUGUUGCACACAAACCGAUAACCACUUUACGACGACUGCUUACUAAUGUCAAGGACAGAGACAAACUGGAGGACAGACAGGGAGCAGUAUACAAGAUCAAAUGCUGCAACUUCCAGGCUACUUACAUUGGUGAAAAGGGCAGAAACCUUAGCACGCGACUGACCGAACACAAAUGAGUGACUAGGAAUGGUGACGUCAACAAUCACACAUUGCUGAGCACCAUUUACAGACAAAACAUCUAAUUGACUGGGACUCUGCGACAUGUAUAACGUAUUCUACAGACUGCUAUCAAACACCACUGAAUCGUAGCAAACAGUUACCAGUGCCGUACAAAUGACUUAUUGACGAGAUCAAGCAAAACUAACUACGAGAGAACAACUGGAGAACUGACAAUUUGACUAACAAUAGACGACUGUUUAACUGUGACAAUAGACCCUUGGUCAAAACGCACCAAUUACUGAUUAUGAGUCUUCAUAGCCAAUAACAUCACGGCUUAACUGACAGACGACCAAUAACAUUGCAACGUAAUUGACCAAUCAGACCAAUAACCAGAGUAUAAUACCAUCAACUGACAUGAUACAACUCACUUUGACUCUGAAGAUGACUACUGCACAGGUUGUCGAAACAUCAGUCACUGUCAACAACAACAGUCCUAUUCAGGACCACGUUCACCUGGACGUCUUAUACAUACCGACUAAGAACUUAGAUCUUCUAAUCCCAAUUGUCUCGUCAGUUUGUCCUAUAAUUUAAGAGCCUCCUCAUGUGCAGCCGCUGCUCUGUGGAAUGAUUUACUCCAGAAUAUAAGAUCCUGCGAUUGUCUUAAUCAAUGUAAACAUUUGCCAGUAGUUAAAACUUAUCUUUUUAAGAAGGCUUUUAAUUUCUGAUCACUCUAGGAACAUAUUUCCCAUAAAAUUUUCUUUUUAUUUGAUUCUAUUCAUAUUUUUAUUAAUUUUAGCAAAUAUUGUAAAAUUUAACGCGUAGCUUAAUUUUAAAAUUUUUAAACAGUGGAUUAUUAUUUAUUUUAUUCUUUUUUAAUUAAUUGUUGUGUAAAGCGCCAUUGGAUAGCAAUGGAAAUGGCACUGUAAAAGUGAAUGUUAUUAUUAUUAUAAUCAAAAAUACAACAGUAACUACCAACAGGGACAUGGCCUCCUCCUUAAUAUGUGAAAUGACUGGUUAUGAGAAUUCAGACUAGGAUCAUACGUACACCCCUAAGAGGAACUCAACAAAGGGUCCAGGAUUUAUUGUAAGACCGUAAGGGAGAACAUGAAAGGUGUGAAAGUUUUGUGCUCUUCAAACAAGAGAAGGAAAUGCAAUCCAACUGAAAUAUAUUUUAGCUGAUUAAAAGAUGUUCUGUUUUAACCCUUUAAGCCCCAAUAUACACGUACAAAUUCUCCAAACUGAUCUCUAUACAUUUUCUUAAAGAAUGAGUUGAGAGAAUUUGGUGAAAGAUUAAAGCAUUUUCUCUUAGGUGAUCAUUUUAUUAAUUUUCAUAACCUAAUCUCUUGAAAUUGUAUUGGAUAUCAUUAGGAGAAAAUUCAUGUUGGUCACAUUUGGGACUUAGAGGGUUAAGUGAUUUACUGACACUUACAUCCACACUGAUACUGUUAAGUGGCCACUCAAUAGAGGGUCGCUGCUUAAUUUGAUGCAUUAUAAAUUAAUACCAAUUUAUAUCUCUUUUCAGUUUUGACGUGGUUCUUGAUCCGUUUGGAGGAGAUGUUGGUGAACAAUACACAAGUCUUCUGUGUAAAUGGAAAGGUGCCAUUUAUGUGACCCUUGCCCCACCCCUCCUCAGUAAAACUGAUGAGUAUGGAACAGGUUUAGGGCUUCUGUCUGCAGGGCAAUACUUGACUUCAUCUGCUCUUCAAAAGGUACACUCCCUUUAGUAUAUACAUCAGUGGCGGAUCUAGGGGAGGGGCCUGGCGGACCCGCCCCCUCCCCUUAUUUUUCGACCAGACUGAGGCCCAAAGGGCUGAAAAAAAUUUUUUUGAGACCGGGCAUACGUACACACAUAAAUGAUUUUUAUUUGGAGUCUUAUACAAUCAAUAGCAUAUAAACUAUUUCCAAAUAACUAAAAUUACAAACGGGAAAAAUUCCUAACCAUAUAUGGCUUAUCUCAGGGUCUGGAUGACCGCCGUCCCCCACCCCCCUUAUCUGAAUGUCUGGACCCCCCUCUGAGUUGACAAAACAAAAUGGAAUGACUUCUUAGCUAAGAACCGUGCCUGACGGACCCCCAGGCCCUUGUUGGUCCUUUGUAUUUAUACGGGGUAGCAGAGCAAGGAAGAGUAGUAGGGGAAGGGGGAGGCAACGAAAAGGUGAAGAGGACAAACAUGAGAGUUGGACAGGGUUCCACUUUGCACGCACCUUGAAAGUCCUUGAAAAUUGCAGUCGGUGCAAACUUUAGCCAACCCGGAUUCUCAAGUGCCUAAAGGAGCAAACACAGAAAGACCUUCAGGAUAAAAUUUUUCAUGUUGUCGAACAACGAAAAAGACAUAGACCCAAGGCUCUUUUUCGCACUGAUUGGAGUCCUUGAAAAAUGGGAAAAGGGUCCUUGAAAAGUCCUUCAAAAAAUGGUGCGAACCCUGGUUGGAAGAUGUCGAGGUGGUGCAAAGAGGAAGAAGAGGAAGAAGACAACGGGGAGAACAAGAACUAAGAACCGGAGGAAAAGUGAUACACCAAGGAGGGCUAGCAUCAGAGUUGGAGGGUGUUGAUGUAGGGCAAGGAGGAGGAAGAAAAGAAAGACAGUGGUGAGAGCAAGGGCUAGGAAGAGGAGGAAAACGAUGGGUAGAACGAUCUUUGGCCGGGGAGGCAAGGAUGAGGGGUGGAGGAGGUGAAAGGAGAGGAGGACUAGAAGUAAGAGGCUGAAGAUGAAAGGGAGACAAAUAAUAACGGAAGUUUUUGGAAUGGUACUAAAUGCAAAUUUAGUUUAGUUUGUGUUUUUAUCUGAGUGGUAUUUGUAUUGUUUUUCCGGUAGGCUUUUUGCAGCGGUAGUUUGGUCUCAUGGGGUUUCUUUAGUCCAAAUGGCGCAGCAUUGGACUACAUUCGAUCUCUUUGUCAAUCUGGAAUGGUACGUAGUAUGGCUGAGAUUGUACAAUACCCUUUAUCUUAGUAACUCCUGCAACUGUGAUGUAUAUUCAUUAUUUCUGCAAGACCACAGAAAUAUAUUAUAACUGAAACCGAUUUAAACGUUUCCUCUGAUAGAGAGUCGUUACGUCACGUUGCCAUGGUAGCAAAAUUUCAGGAUCUCAACAAACGGUGAUCCUGCCAACCUCGUCCCCAGGACUUUUCCUUAAAAAAUGCGUGGGGCGCCACCACCCAUUUUUUGAGGGAAACGCCCUGGGGACGAGGUUGUGAUCCUGCAAAUAUGGUAGAAAAAACAACGACAUAAUUGACACUUAUGACUUUCCUGUGCGUUAUUGCACUCACGAACAACACGGUAGCGCACACGUUUCCUCAAGAAAGAUUGUUGAGAUCCAGAAAUUUUCAUACUAUGGUAACGUGAUAGUGAACUUACGCAACAGGACGGGAGAGGAAAGAAGACGGCACAUCUUGUGUGACAAGCGUGACAAUAAUUUUGUUUGAAACAACUUUUCGCCAAACUUCACUUUCCUUGGGCACUUUAAACAGUUCUUUUUGUAAAGGACCAGUAAACGUUGGUGUUAAGUGAAGAUCGCGACAAAACACGCAAGUAAUUGUUUUGCCGUCCUCUUCUUCCUGCCGUCUGGUUGCGUAAACUCACUAUUGAUGCAAAACAAGCCAGUGAAAAGUUACGCAUAUAAAAAAGUUAGAUGCGGGUUGCAUUGCUAAUUUGGCCGAUAGGGGAGGAUCUUAUUCAGGGGAGGCGCUUAUCAUAUGAACGACGGUAAUCGAUAUUUCCUCAACCCCACAUUCCGAUGUUUGAAUAUCCUGUUGAGACACUACCCAUCGUGGUGGGUUUUGAUACCAUUUUAUUGACCGUACGUUUCGUUAACAAACUUGUUCAAAUUCUGACUCCUCCCCAGUCGUCUCUCAGGGCCUGUUUACAUAGAGGUGGGGGACCCCGGGUAGGUGAGGUAACUCGCUUAGAUGGGGUAACCCGCCUGUCCAUAUAAUCUCUAAUUAUAAUUUGAUCACGUUUACAUGAUAGGUGGUGUGACCCGCCAAGGCGGUUAGCCCGGUCUGCCAAACUGGGUAACCCGCCUAGCCCGGAUCGGAUUUGUCAUACAUCAAAUUCGCGCAAAUUUUUACUUUGGCUGUGACGUUGCAUCAUUAUUAAAGGUAACAAUAUAAGGGCACAGCACUAAAGGUUGCAGCAAGAGCAGGGAGUGAGUGUAGAAGAGCAUUAAUCGCCAAAACACGUGGUAUGCCAGCAUUUUUCUUGUUUACGUGCUUGGCGACCAUUCAAUAAUGUUGAGAAAGUGCACCCCGGGAUGGAGGGGUUGUGAUAUUGCAUGUUUACGAGGUUGGCAUUUAAUAGUUCUAAGUAAUAUUCUGCUCUUUUUCUCUCUUAGAUAAAACCUGUCAUUCAAGAAGAGUUUCCAUUCUCCAAGACAAAUGAAGCUUACGUUAAACUUGAGAGUGGACAUGCCAGAGGCAAAAUAGUUGUUAAUAUGAUUAGCGACGAAUCUUCGUAAUGCUAUUAAAAGUUCCUUCUGAACGGGAUGUUUUGUUUUCGUUUUUAAGAAGAACUGAGCAAACAAGUCUAAUGUAACUAAUGGGAAGGGACUGAGCGGUAGGAAAAGAUUGAACGUUGUACGUCCCCAAAUGUAACUGUCCAACUAAACAUCAAGAUGGGAAGUCAACCGAUGAACGGAGGACCUUGAAUGACUUGAAGAGUAAGAUAAGGGGCAAGAUAACUAAGAAGGUAAUCCGUUCUUUUUGGGGGGCGAGGAACGCCUGUCGCAGAUCUUGAGUGGGUAGCAGAUGUAGUAGAUGUCAGGUAGACGAGGCACGGUGCCAAAAAUUUGCCGUGCCGUGCCGAUUUUUUUGACGCGUGCAAAUGGGGUUUUUGUCACCACCUUCCUUUCCCACGUUGUGUAAAAAGAGAAAGCCCCCUACCCCUAAUACCUUCUUCAGCAGUCCAGUGCUCUUUUAACUGAGCUACAAUGUCGAACGAAACCUGUUGAGACAUCUUGCAAAAAUACCCUUUUCCCGUCAUCCUGGCAAAAAUGGAAACCAUUGCCAAGUGAGCGCAUGUUCGCCUCCCCUUAAACAAUGUUGGUUAGCAUGAGUAUAUUCGCGUUGGUUUUUAGACCAAAACAACUUUCAAUAGGGGGUGGCGAGAGGGCUUGUACUCUUUCUGUUACGAUGAGAUGGUAAUAUGGUGC